CAAGCGGACCGAAGUCCCAGAUUUCCCUGCCUCCCUCGACUGCUGACGACCUCCAGGGGCCGAUGGCUGAAGCAGCCUAAGAAGCUGGACCCACUCCAUCUUUCACAGGCGAAGGACGGGGAAGCCCCUUUCUGGGCAGGUGCCAGAGGGCCCUUUUAGGUGACAAAGGCCACUUCUGAAGUUGGGGCAUCCCCAGGAGACACCAGCAGCCAAGAUGUCCACACAAAGCACACCCGACCCGGAGCCCGAGGCCUUGGACCUGCAGCCUGGGACCCCAGAGGCCCCCGGCCGCCAGCGGCGCCACACGCUUCCCGCCAGUGAGUUCCGCUGCCUCACUGCGGAAGAUGCCGCCGGCGUGUUUGAGAUCGAGCGCGAAGCCUUCAUCUCCGUCUUGGGCACCUGCCCCUUAUAUCUGGACGAGGUCAAGCAUUUCCUGACCCUGUGUCCAGAGCUGUCCCUGGGCUGGUUCCAGGAGGGGUGCCUCGUAGCCUUCAUCAUCGGCUCGCUUUGGGACCAGGAGAGACUCACUCAGGAGUCGCUGACGCUGCACCGGCCCGGGGGCCACACCGCCCACCUGCACGUGCUGGCUGUGCACCAAGCUUGCCGGCGCCAGGGCAAGGGCUCCACACUGAUGCGGCGCUACCUGCAGCACUUGGGCGGCCAGCCGGCGGUGAGCCGGGCCGUGCUCAUGUGCGAGGACAGACUGGUGCCCUUCUACCAGGGGUUCGGCUUCAGCCCCGUGGGCCCCUGCGCCAUCACCCUGGGCCCGCUCGCCUUCACGGAGCUCCAGUGCUCCAUGAGAGGCCACGCGUCCCGGCGUCGGAACAGUGGCUGCUGAGCCCGGCGCCCUGCCCUCCUGGCUGCCGCCCCACGGCACCCGCGGCCACAUGCUGGGGCUGCGGGGAGGCAGGCUGGGGCUCCCACCCGGCCCCAGGGUCCCCUUCUCUGCCCAGCCCAGGCUGCCUGCC